CAAUAAUUUGUCUGUAUGCUUGUGAUUAUCUCUGUUAAUAGGGUUUAGUUGUCGGUAACGGUGAUAAUAGGGGAAAGGUGUUCCUAUCUCAUGUCCAUAAAUCGUCGUGAUUACAGUCUUUUCAAUAUUAGAGCAUCAUUUGAUCUAGUCAUCGAUAGAUAGACAGUCUCUAUCAUGGAUGGCCGGGGGGCGCGCGGCUGGAAUGGGGGGGGAAGAAACGAGAACAGCUACAACAGCAACAACAACAACAAUAACAACAACAAUAUGAAGGGUGCUCACCAUGGAAACAACAACAGCAACCACCCCAACAACGACAGUAAACCGCAUAUGAAUGGAAAUGGAAAUGGAAAUGAGAGGAAUACAUUUGGCGGAAGGGACGGCAAUAGCAAUAACAAUACUAACAUGCACCCCAACAGUAAUAUGGGAGGGAAUAUGAGACCCAUGAAUAGGGACAACAACCCCCCUGGCAACAAAUUCAAUGAGAAUGCCAAUGCCAAUAUGAAUGCUAUUCCGAACACCAGAACCCAGUAUACAGGCAGAGAUGGCAACAAUAAUAGAGACAGGAACGGUAACUGGAAUAGUAAUGGGCCUAAUAAUGGGCCUAAUGCACAGCAGCCGUCGUGGUCAGAUACAAAUGCACCCAGGGAUCCCAGGGCAGGCAAUGAUCCACGCUUAUAUAACGGUGUGAACCGCGGAAAUAGCAAUACCAACCCCCACUUCAAUACUAAUAACAACAAUAACAACAACAACAACAACAACAAUGGCGGUAGUAAUAACGAUAGGAGUAGAGGCCGUGAUGAUAUGGGGAGGGGUGAUGGGGCUGGUCGGGGGGGUGCAUUAGGUCGUGUUGAUACCAGCGGUAGGGGGAAUGGUGGUAGGUAUAACGCCACGGAUAACAAUAGAAUGUCAAUGAACGAACGUCCGAGGGACAGAGAUAUGGAACGUGACAGAGAUACACGAGAUAUGAGAGAUGCGAGAGGCAAGCCUCGAGACAAAGAAGCGCUCGAUCGGUCGCAUUCACAGUCCAAUCGACCGGGUCAUGGGGGUGAAGCACCUAUGGGUACUGGUAACCCGUACAAGGUGUUUAUAGGGAACCUGGACAAGUCAACUACCAGACAGAUGCUCAAGGAGCAGUUUGAAGUGCAUGGAAGGGUGGUGGAAUGUUCGGUACAUGAUGUGUAUGGGUUUGUGGAGUACAAUACCACACAAGCUGCAACAAUGGCUAUACAGAAGGAGAACGGGCGAUAUCUGGGCAAGUCACGCAUAG